UGAAGAACAAUGACACACGGAGAAAGAAGAUUCAGCCCCAGCAGGACCUGGGCAAAAGGGAGGGAGCUGGGAGGGCCUGACCAGAGGCCCGGGGUGCCGGAGCCGGACCCAGAGGUAAAGAGGGCUCCCCAGUCCCUGGGGUGGGGGCAGUUGGAGCGAGGGAGUUUGGGUUUCUCUGACGCUGGAAGAAGCUGACCCCAGGGAUCCUGAUUCCUAGAGAGGGAGAUGAAUGGGGGAAUGGGAACAAGCUGUGGAAGGGAUUGAGCUGAGAGUGGAAAGAACGGGUGUUGCAAUGGGAUUGGAGCAGUGAUUCCAGGUUCAGGAAUAGGGGCCGGUUUAGGGUCUGGGACUAAGAGGCCAUUACUGGGUUGGUGGGAACUAUGAAGGCUCAUGCUGCACUCCAAAGGCCUCUGUGGCUCCUUUGCAGCUCCCACCGCGGCCAUCCCUACCCCGAGCUGGGUCAUGCGCUGCCCCAAGUGCCUUCUCUGCCUGUCAGCACUGCUCACGCUCCUGGGCCUCAAAGUGUACAUCGAGUGGACAUCGGAGUCUCGGCUGAGCAAGGUCUAUCUGGGACCCCAGGGCACCCUGCCAGGCCUGACGUCAGCCAGUCCUGAGCCCACCCUGCCAGCUAACCUCUCGGCCCGUCUGGGCCAAACUGGCCCACUGCCCUUGGCUUACUGGAACCAGCAGCAGUGGCGGCUGGGGGCCCUGCCCAGUGGGAACAGCACGGAGGAGGGAGACUGCCGGGCUUGGGGAGCUGCCGCGGCUGCUGAAAUCCCCGAUUUCACCUCCUACCCUGCGGACCUCCGCCGCUUCUUGCUGUCAGCAGCCUGCCGGAGCUUCCCUCAGUGGCUGCCUGGAGGUGGCCGUGGCCAAGUGCCCAGCUGUGGGGAAAACAAUAUCCCCUACCUGCUGCUGGCUGUCAAGUCGGAACCAGGGCGAUUUGCUGAACGACAGGCCGUGAGGGAGACCUGGGGUGGUCCCGCUCCUGGAAUCCGCCUGCUCUUCCUGCUGGGGUCCCCAGUAGGUGAGGGGGGUCCUGACCUAGGCCCUCUGGUGGCCUGGGAGAGCCACCGCUACAGUGACCUGCUGCUCUGGGACUUCCUGGACGUUCCCUUCAAUGAGACACUCAAGGACCUGCUGCUGCUGUCCUGGCUUGGCCACCACUGCGCUGGUGUGAGCUUCGUCCUGCAAGCUCAGGAUGACGCCUUUGUGCACACUCCUGCCCUGCUGGACUACCUGCGGGCCCUGCCUCCCAGCUGGGCCCGAGGCCUCUACCUGGGUGAGGUCUUUACGCAGGCCAAGCCCCUCCGGAAGCCGGGAGGACCUUUCUACGUGCCCGUGUCCUUCUUUGAAGGUGACUAUCCAGCCUAUGCCAGCGGGGGUGGCUACAUCAUCGCUGGGCGCCUGGCACCCUGGCUGUUGCAGGCAGCAGCCCGUGUGGCACCGUUCCCCUUCAACGAUGUCUACAUUGGCCUGUGCUUCCGCGCUCUUGGCCUAGCGCCCAGGGCCCACAUAGGCUUCCUCACAGCCUGGCCAGCAGACCGUAGGGCUGACCCCUGCACUCUCCGUGAACUGCUGCUGGUGCGACCCAUCAGACCCCAGGACAGCAUUUGGCUCUGGAAACACCUGCAGGACCCUCAGCUCCAAUGCUGACCCUCGGUGGGGAUGGGAAGGGAGGGCCAACCUGACCUGGGCCCAGGGCCUCAGUGCCUGCCUGCCCCUUGCUCAGCCUCUCUUUCUAGGCCUUCGUGUGAGGAGGAGGUCCUAGAAUCACGACUGCUUGAGCCCCUCCUGGGCUGGCCCAGGCUAUGGGACGGAGCAGCAGGAGGCAGAGGACUGUUUUUGUCUUGUUGUUUUCUAAAAUAUGAACGUCCCCCUCUGA